UGGCACGGCGGUUCAGUUGAGCUGUGCUUUGAUCUGUGAUAAGUUUGUUACACUGCAGGAGAUCAGAGCCUUUGAAAACAGCUGCAGAGUCUGGCAGUGGAUCACAUAAGUGGAUAUUUAUCAUAAGUCCUGUCAUGGCUGUGGAUGGGAGACUUUAUAAUUGUGAAGAUCCAGCUGUAUGGAGAGGGAUUUAUGACAAAUACUGGACUGUCGUAGAGGCCAAAUCAGCUGUGAAGGGAAAGGCUCCUGGAAAGCUCUUGGCAUUGGACAAAUGGUUUCAGGAGGAGUUGCCUGCUGCAAUCUCAGCUCGAUCCGAGCGUUCUCUCACACAUGCUGAGCUCGUCAAGAUCGUGGAGUGGAAACUGACUAAAGGGAAGUUCCGACCACGUUUGCAGCAGCUAAUUGGCUCGAACAGCGAGGUGGCGGUUCAUAGCUUGACUACAAAAGCGUUCAGUUUGUUGCCUGAUGUCCAAGCAUCUAUCACAGAGCUGUGUAAACUCAAAGGUGUCGGACCGGCAACGGCUUCAGCCGUGUUGGUGGCCGGAGCUCCUGGUGAAGUACCCUUCAUGGCUGAUGAAGCUGUCGAGAGCAUCGCCGAGUUGAGACCGGUUGAGUACACGGCCAAACAUUACGCUCUGUUCCUCCAGAAAAUACUGCACAAAACAUCCCAGCUUAACAAAGUGGACAACCAGCAGCAAUGGACUCCUCACAGGGUGGAGCAGUGUUUAUGGGCAUGGGCGGUAGCCAAUCGGAUUCAGCCAACAUUAUUACAGGAAUUCAGUCUAAUGGAUGCAGCAGACAAAGAGACCAAUCAGAAGUCAGAGAAGAGGAAGGCAACUGAUGAAAAGCCCUCUAAGAGACAGAAGACUGUCUAGUCUUAGCAAUGUAUGAACGUAUCUCCAUUUCAAAAUAGUUGGAGUAUUCUUGGCAUGCGAUCUUCCUUUGUGAAUUUGAGAAAUGUAAAGUAAUCUCUCCUGUUCUUUGGGUGUUUAGCAGCUCUGAGCAAAAAAAAAAAAAAAAAAUUUACACAUCUUUCAGUUUGUGUUUUUCAAAGCUAAAACACACUAUGUGUCUUAUAUGUUCACAAUUGCUCAUAUGUAAAUGUUUAUAAUAAAAGCAAUAAAACCUU